AUGACGAGUGCUGUCAACUCGGCACUGUUCGCUGUUAGUCGCUCUCUUCUCGCUGGCUCCCGGGCCGGUGCAAUGCCCUCCUUUCUCUCCUUGGUGCAUACUGAGCAUGGAUCGCCUCGAGUUGCCUUGAUUUUUCAUGCCACAGCUGCGAUAAGCGUGUCGUUCAUUGGUGAUGUUGGGCGUCUUAUCAAUUAUGCGAUGGUGUCCAAUAUGCUGAGCGUCAUCACGACGAUCACAGCAUCAAUUUACAUCAGAUGGACAGAGAUUCCGGUCAGCGCGACGGCGAUUCGGUACCCAAUCCUCCUUCACUGGCUCGUGCUCGCCAUCUCGGUGGCCCUAGUAGCCGUCCCGAUCUCGAAAGACCCAAUGGCCUGCGUAGUUGGAUUUGGAUUACUUUUGGUAUUCUCAAUUAUAUAUUUUACCCUCGUCCGACCGAGUCACGAAAUCCGAAUUUGGCGGAUAAUUGAAGAUAAAAUUACCCGCUUCUUUCAACUUGUGCUCUGGGCUGUACAUAUUGAUGCGCCGGAAAUACAUUUUACUGAAAGCGAAGAGGCGCCAACUAUUGAAAAAUAC